GUCCCGGCGUCGCUGGGCCGUGCUGCUGCUCUUCUGCAGCUACUCCCUGUGCAACGCCUUCCAGUGGAUCCAGUACGGCAGCAUCAGCAACGUCUUCGUGCGCUUCUACGGCGUGAGCGCCUUCGCCAUCGACUGGCUUUCCAUGAGCUACAUGCUCAUCUACAUCCCCCUGCUCUUCCCUGUCGCCUGGCUGCUGGACAAGAGGGGCCUGCGCCUCAUCGCCCUGGCUGGCUCGGCCCUCAAUGCCAUAGGUGCCUGGGUGAAGCUGGGCAGCCUGAAGCCGCACCUCUUCCCCGUCACUGUCCUGGGACAGGUCAUCUGUGGCCUGGCCCAGGUCUUCAUCCUGGGCAUGCCCUCACGCAUCGCCUCGGUCUGGUUUGGCUCCCAGGAGGUCUCCACUGCCUGCUCCAUUGCUGUCUUUGGGAACCAGCUUGGCAUCGCUGCAGGCUUCCUGGUCCCUCCAGUUCUGAUCCCUAAUGUGGAGGAUGUGGAGAAGCUGGCUUACCACAUCAGCAUCAUGUUCUUCAUGACUGCAGGUGUGGCAUCAGCCCUGUUCAUCCUGGUCAUCAUAGUCUUCAAAGCGAAACCCCCGAGCCCUCCAAGCCGAGCUCAGGCCUUGAUCCAGUCAAGACCAGCUGUGGAGUAUUCCUACGUGCAAUCAAUCCUCCGCCUGCUCCGCAAUGCCAACUUUUUGCUGCUUAUGGUCACUUAUGGUCUGAAUGUAGGUUGUUUCUACGCCUUGUCCACUCUGCUGAACCGCGUGGUGAUCUAUCACUACCCAGGGGAGGAGGUGAAUGCUGGCAGGAUUGGACUCACCAUUAUACUGUCGGGGAUGGCUGGAGCUCUGAUCUCCGGCAUCUGGUUGGAUAAAACCAAAACCUACAAGCAAACAACGCUAGUUGUCUAUAUCAUGUCUCUGGUGGGAAUGAUAGUCUAUACCUUCACUCUGAGCCUGGGCCACCUCUGGGUGGUCUUUGUGACUGCUGGGUUGCUGGGGUUUUUCAUGACAGGAUACCUUCCCCUGGGCUUUGAGUUUGCUGCAGAGUUGACAUACCCAGAAUCAGAAGGAACAUCAUCAGGGCUUCUUAAUGUCUCAGCACAGAUUUUUGGUAUUGCCUUCACCAUUAGCCAAGGGCAAAUCAUAGAUCACUUUGGGACAAAGGCAGGAAACCUCUUGCUUUGUUCUGUCCUGUUCCUGGGGACUAUUCUGACAGCAUUCAUUAAGGCUGAUCUCCGAAGACAUCAGGCCAAUUUGGAAAAUGAACAGACAAGACUCCAAGGCAGCAAUCAGAUCAUGGAUUAUGGGACUGUAGCUUGUAAAUCUAACCCCAUCAAUUGCCACUCCUGCUCACUAGCUUAAACACACCAAGGUACUCAGCUGAGAGGAAAGACAAGACAGUUCCCAAGAACAGAGUGGAGAUCCCCCCAGACUCAUGUCAGACAGAGAUGUAGGGAUUCAGCUAGAUACAGCAAAGCAAAGCCUGGUGCUGGAGCAGAUUAAGAACUGAACUGUCAGUCAUUUGUUAGGGAGAGGAGGCACAGACGUUUGGAGCCACUUCUCUGUCAUUAUUUUUGCAGUCCAAAUUCUUGGCUGGAGGUGAAUUUAAAGAAUUGGUUUUGAUCACAGGCAGGGUGCAUGGCCAGCUUCAAGAAGGAAAUUUAAAAACGUGUAGUAAGAACAGAGUCAUUGGGUUGGUGCCUUGUGGUAUAAGAAUGCCUGAAAAUUGUAAAGCUCUGUGCUUGUUGAUCUGUGAAUCUCAGUGGUACUUUGUGUUUUCUCAGAUGUUGCUUGAGGUGGUAUGCUUUACUACUCAUUGUCCUCUGUGUCACACUGACAGGCUGGUCUGCUAGCUUAUCCAUGCUACUCUUUGCUUUUCAAGGUGUGACAGACUGUGUGUAUCAUUUAGUGCCACAGCCAACAGGACUAACAGGCAAAAGCAAAGCGAGUCCAUUGGGAAAACCAGGCUUAAACGUGCUAAGAUUAGGGCAUGUUCUACAGGGACCAUGAAGCUGCUGUACUUUGAUGGAAGCAUGAGGAAGAGUCCCAUGAGCAGGGAAAGUGUUGGUAAAUGGAGUUAUAUCCAGCUGGCAUCAGGUCACCAGUGCCCCAAGUCUCAGUAUUGGGGAUAGUCCUGUUUAGUCCCUUUGUUGAUGACCUGCAUGAAGGGAUCAAGUGCACCUUUAGUCAGUUUGCAGACCAAACACCAAGUUGGGCAGGAGUAUUGUUGGGGGAUUGGAAGGCUAUGCAGAGGGACCUGGAUAGGCUGUGAUAAUUUUGUGAGGUGUUCAACAAGGUGAAUGCUGGUUCCUGCAAUUGGGCCACAAGGUAGUGCUACAGGCUCGGAAAAGAGCAGCUGAAAAGUUGUCCAUUGGAAAAAGACCUGGGGGUGCGGGUCAGCAGCCACUGAACAAGAGCCAGUGUGUGCCCAGGUAGCCAAGAGGGCCAGUGGCAUCUUGGCUUAUGUCAGAAAUAGUGUGGCCAGCAGGACUGGGGGAAGGUUUGUCCACUUGUCCUUGGUGAGGCUGCACCUCAAUUCCUGUGUUCAGUUUUGGGCCUCUCACUACAAGAAGGACAUUGAAGUAUUGGGGCAUAUCCAGAGAAGGGCAAAGGAGCUGGUGAAGGGUCUGGAGCACAAGUCCUAUGAGGAGCACCUGAAGGAGCUGGGGUUGUUUAGCCUGGAGAAAAGGAGGCUCAAGAGCUUUUUGCUCUCUACAACAACCUGAAAGGAGGUCAUAGUGAGCUAGGGGUCAGCCUGUGACAGGACAAGGAAAAACAAACCUCAAGUUAUACCAUGGGAGAUUUACAUUGGGUAUUAGGAAAAUUUCUUCAUCAAAAAGGUUGUCAAGCAUUGGAACAGGCUGCUUAGGGAAAUGUUAAGAGUCACUAUCCCUGGAGAUAUUUAUAAGACAUGUGGACAUGGUUUGUAGGGACAUGGUUUAGUGGUGGACUUGGCAGUGCUGGGUAAAUGGUUGGACUCUGUGAUCUUAAGGAUCUUUUCCAGCCUAAACAAUUCUGUGGUUGUUGCAAGGAGAAGACUUAGAGUCAGUUGUGAGCUUCCAAAGCAUGCAGAGCCGUGGAGUUGUGCAGAUCUCACUUCCAUAGAAGCCCUGUACCACUGGCUGUGUAGCAGUUUGUCUUCUAUGGGUGCCCUCAUCUGCUGUGGUUAUUAUUAAACAAAUGUUGCAGUUAGUAGAUUAAAUGAGCCUAAUGGCAUUGUGUACACCUUGUCCUCUAUUAAUUAAGCUGUAAUGUGGUUCCAGUAAUCCUCGCCACUUUUGUCUGCCUCAGUUCCCAGAGCUCCAGCUGGGCUAGCUUUCUGUAUCUCAGGACACUCGGAUCAAAUGCCUGAUAAUGAGGCUCUUUGUGUGCUGCCUUUGUUGUAAAUGCAUCUGAACCCAUUCUAGUGUUGUGCCUUAAGAUUUCAUAGUAAUGUCAGUUGAUUCAGCACACACGUUACACUAAUGAAUAUGCUGUGUACUGCUUAUGCUCAUUUGCUUGUGAUUUGCAGCAUCCAUGCAAACCUUUUUGUAUUGUUUCUUUGCAUUAAGAAAAAAACAUCUUUCCAAUCUUCCAUAGUUUGUUUAGGACAAGUGUCCACCCUCAGUAGCUUACUGGAUUCCAUUGGAAGCUGCACCAUUCCUAGCCUCUAGUGAAAUACUGCCAAUAAAAAAAUGUUGGAAUUUUGUGUAGUAGGCACAAACGGUGUGUGCCCAUUCUCUGCUUCCCAAACUUCCCUGCUCCAUUUCUCUGUUUACUGUGUGGCAAGCAGCCUUCUCCUGUCCCAAAGCCAUAGGCAGGCCAUUCUGUGCCCUUUUCCAGUACUGUGACUCACAGCUGUGAGAGCAGCUUUCCUUUCCCAAGGUGGUGGAGCCCUGCAGACUGUCUGAUCUAAAUCUCUGCUCCUAUAGCUCCACAGCAGAUGACUGGUGCUAAGACCCCAGAGGUGCUUGGGGGAGCCUGUUCUGAGUUGCUUGAGUGCUUCCAUGGUCCAUUCUGGUGGAGUUUCUGAAGUCUAAAUGCAGAUUUCCCCUUAUUCCUACUUUCAUGCACCCCCCCCACCUCUUCUCCUUGUUGAAGUUCCCUCUUUGCACUUCCUGGCUUUUGCUUUCAGAUAUGUCUUUGAAGGUUUCCUUAUCUCACUCCUCUGCUUUAGGAUAUUGCUGCUAACUUCUGUAAAACCUUUUCACCUAUAAAUUGUGUAAGUGCCUAUUCAAAAGGAGAGUGUUUCAUAUCUCUUGCUUCCGUGCCUGGAUUUCUCUUGAACUGCACUGGGGAUGUGAACCUCUUUCCUAUGCACCUCUGGUUUCUGCCUCAGAUGUCAGUCUUGCUUUACAGUGAGUAAACUUAGAGCCCAGGCUGCGGGAGACUCCACAUUAACCCUUACAAGUCUGUGUGCUAUCUUCUGAAUUGGUGACAGCUGGACUGUCUCACUGUAAGCAGAAUUAGAACUUGAGAGGUAUCAGAAAUCCACUAGGGGAAGUAGUCUCAAGUUUAAUCCUAACACACCCCAGAAAGGCUCAGAAACUGAGCUUGUCAGACUCCACCCGGGAAAGCUGAACUGGAAUUACUACAGUUUGGCUGUUCUGUGAAGCUGAGGAUAGGGUGGUAAUUAGGCAGCAGUCCCCAUUUUUCUUGCUUUUUCUCUGGGAAAAACUCCCUCCAUCUUAAGAUUCCAAGAAAUCAGGCUAGUUCUUCUACAGGAUUUAUGGAGAAAAAAAACCCUUUUGUAUGCUUCUUAUUUCUUAAGUCUCUAAGAUAUGAGUAGUGAACUUUGAAGAAGGCACCGCUCUGUGGAAUUAUCUCAGCCAUGAAUCCAAGCUGGGGAAAGGGAAGAGCAGGACAGAGGGUGCCAGCACUUCAGUGGGCAGUGGGGGUGGGGAUGAAGACUUGGAAGAUGAGCAAGAUAAGCAAUGUGUCUGGGAAUUGAAGAAGCCUCAGACAUGCUGGAGUAAGAACACAGGGGAACUAGUGGUUGUGCUGAGCAUCCUGAGGAUGUAAAGAACACAAGUUCUCUCUGGUGUUUGCAUGGACACUGUGCUGCCUCAUGGCAUGAAGGAGUUCCCAGCACUUUCCCUUGCCCAGGGAACUGGCCCUGCAACUUCAUGCUUUGAAGCUGAGCUUGUGUCCCAGUGAAAUGUUGGUGAGCUGGCUGUGGGUCUGAUACCUCCAGUGGUAUCAACCCCACAGUGAAUUAGUAGUGGUCCGAGGGCUACAGCAAGUAGCUUAAACAGUGAGACAUAGCACUACUCUGCUGCCCCAGUGCCCCUUGCUUGGGCAGUCAAAGUGGCAAGAGAAGGAAGAGGGAACCAGCAGCACUCUCUGAGGAUGGUGAUUCUUCUUUGGCGAUUUCUGCAGUAGUAGGGAGCUAUGAACUACCCAGGCUGUGGUCAGCUGAUGUCUCUGAAGCCUGGGUCUGGCCAGCCAGGAUCCUGACCAUAUUGUUUUUCUC